AUGUCCGUGAUAGAACACAUUCCAGAUACACUAACUAUACCCAAAACCUGGUUUCGUUUUGUCUCAAAGUCACAUCUGAUAGGGCUUGGAGAAACCCCGCCUUAUUACCCAGGAGCACUACGUCACGUCUUACCACAUGCUGCACAUAUCUAUGUCAACCCAGAUAUACCAGAAACAACAUCUCUUAUAAACCUAUACAAACUCUCGGUUAUCAUCACCGAUGCUACGAACACCAUAUCCGUAGUUAUAUCAGAGACAUCAUGUCAGAAGCUUCUAAGGUCAUCCCUUGACAAAUUUAUAUCCGACAACCCACUGGCAAAUGGAAACAUCCUACCCCGUCCAUCACCGACCACAAAGGAGAAACAAAAACAAUGUUAA